AUGGCAGACCAGUCGUGGAUCAUGCAAGUGACUGAGCCGCAACCUGCUGCUGUCGACGCCAUGAAUGCUGUUACAGCUGUCCCCAAUGGCUUCAAUGACGUCACCUAUGCUGUCUCCCGCAGCCCGCUUGGCCCCCCUCUGCUCGUCGACCCCGCGCCCGCUGUCAAUGCCGCACCCCUCAACACCGCACCCCUCCUCGCAGUUGACCCCACGGCACACCCGCUAGCCCGGCACAACCCAAGGGCAAUUGCCAUGGAGGUCAAGACAGUGCUUGCAGCGAGUGGGGAUCCGCAUCUCGAUCUCAGGCUUCAAAAGUUGAACACUGUUUUCCUUGAGGCACUCACCACACGCAGUGCUGGGAACAAUAUGCACAUGACACUGCAUUACUUGGAGAAUCUGAGCGACUGGUGGUCGCUUGUGAGGGAAAACGAGGCCAUUCUGAGUCAGCUUGCAACCGUGCAGGACAGUGUCAGUUCGGACGGACUACACCACCCUGCUGCCUUGGUUCCUCUCGCGCUUCCUGCUGUGCUAUCAGCACUGGAAGGCUCUUCCCCAACAGACCGCCACCAGCUGAGCCGGGCGAGCCUGCUGCCGCAGUUAUAUACGAAGGAACCCGAUCUAAACAAGAUUGUCGACAAGUCCACGGGUAAAAACAUCAUAGUCACAGAUUGUGCUGUCCUCAAAGCUGUGAUGGAAGAGGCACAAUCCUAUGCACGGAAGCUGAGGGCAUCCGGGCAGCAACAAGGCGUGUCUGGUUCCCCAUCUACAAAACAGAUCUUCAAGGUCGGACACAUGAACAACAACGCUGGAAACUCCUUCUGUGCAAAUCGUGGUGUGCCUGUUGCUCCGGGCUUGUAG